CAAACCGAAGACCCACAACGGGCAGCUUCUAUUUGACAAUGAACCACAUUCUGAAGACUCGGGUGGCGACAACCCGGCUCAUUUUCUUAACAAGUUCCGUGUUCUCGAUUAGCCGAUUUCUCUCGGAUAUGCUCUCGCCGGACUCCAGGUCUACCUCCGGAUUGGUGGCUGCUCCUCUUUGACGCCUAUCUAUUCCGGUCGUUUCAUCUCGUUAAAUCGCAACUUCCAGAGAUAACAACGGAAUGAACGAUCUAACAAACCUCUAGUAAAAUAUGCUUCGUCUUCACCCCCGGAAUACGCGGAAGUAUCUGCGAUUCAAUCUCCGUCGCUUUCUUUCGUCUUCAAUGCGUAAAGGCCCCGCGAAUUCCGUCGAAGGUACUCCGAUCAACUUGAAGAAUUCGCAACUUGUGCCUCCUCUGCCAACUCCCCGCCAUCCUCCUGCCGCUCUAUUGUUCCCUAAACGCUCGCGUGCUCUACUUCUUACCCUAUCCGCAACCAUAGUGUCCUCCAUCGUCGCUCCCUACGUUAUAACUUUGAUGCACGACGACGAAGACGGUAAGUUCAAACGGAAAGCCGGCGGUGUAUACAGAGAAAUAGAAAAUGCGGUUGAGAGAUCGAAGGAUUCAUUUACAGCGACAAUUAAUAGAAUGAAGCAGACUGGUACGGCCGCUUCGGUUUUGUGGAAGUCGCUGAGGUCGUUAAUGUCAUCAGCGAACCAUGAGGUCCGAGCUGGUUUUGAGAUCAGGGUUGCGGCAUUGUUGGCUGACAUAGCCGCCGCGAGUGAGAGCCGUCGAGUGGCCCUGGUUGGUGCUGGGGGUGGCGCUGUAGUGGAUUGGCUUCUGGAGACAGUGUCAUCCCACAGGGAGAAUUCAGGCACUCUGGCCGAGUCAGCUAGGGCUUUGGCAUACUUAAUUGCUGAUCCAAACGUAUGUGAGACGGUUUUAGGCAGGCCUCACGCUGUGCCUAAUUUACUUAGGUUUAUUUUCUCUGCUCAGCCGAGAAGAUCAAAGAAACAAAAUAGAAGUACUUCUUUUGGUCUUUCCGAUUCUUUAAAAGGUAGGAGCAUGCUUGUUGCAGCAAUAAUGGACGUGGUUACUUCCCACUGUCAAAGUGCAGACAAAGUAUUAUUCAAACCUCUUCUACCAGAAAACGCUGAGAUGAGAGAUAUUGCAGCUGCCAUUGAAGUUUUAGAGGAAGGUGGCAUGCACUGGGAUGAUCCACACCAGGAUGAAGAUACUGAUAAUGGAGGAACAGGUGUAAAGGGCAUUGGAAUAAAGAUUCUUGAAGGCACAACAGUUCUUGGGCUUUCAAGGACUAAAGGGCUUGUAGAGACGGGGCUUUCUGAUGCUAACCAUACUGCCAAGCAUGCACAUAAGAAUCUCUCAUUUAACAAAAUAAGUGACAGCUCUGCAAAAUCAAAUUUGUCCUCAGCUGUUGUUCCUGGACUCUGGGAUGACUUGCAUUCCGAGCAAGUUGCCGUUCCUUUUGCUGCAUGGGCAUUGGCGAAUUGGGCAAUGGCAUCAGAAGCUAAUAGGACACACAUUCAGGAACUGGAUCAAGAUGGGCAAGCAAUUAUGGCUGCUUUGAUGGCACCAGAAAGAUCUGUAAAAUGGCAUGGAAGUCUGAUUGCUAGAUUGUUGUUAGAGGACCAAAAGCUACCAUUAAAUGAAAAUGUUUCUGAUUGGAGUUCAUGUCUUCUUUCUAUUAUUUCUCAAGCAAGCAAAGCUCAGGAUUUGCCUCUGACUCACAUUGCUUUAUCUGCAUUUCUAGUUGCUCUUGAGAGAAGUGCUAAAGUGCAAGAGGUUGCAGUUGAAAAGGGCCUUCAUUUAAUGCGAGGGACGGCUAAACAGACAAAGCAGCAUGUCUCUUUGCAAGAAGCAUUGGCAAAGGCCUUGGAGCUGCUCUACACUAGGGAUAUGCAUAUGUCGUUUGAAGAAAGCCAAAAAUGGUCUGGUAUUCUACUUCCUUGGGUUUUUGCGGAAUCUUCUUCUGACACAAUGCGGUCAUCAGCCAUAAGUAUCCUUUCAUGCAUUCUUGAAGAUUACGGACCAUCAUCGUUAUCAAUUUCUCAAGGAUGGUUAACUCUUUUGCUGAGUGAUGCUUUGAAUUACAGGAAGGCAGCUUUAUUGAAAGGGAAUAGUGAGCUAAGGACCGACAAAGUGAAGACCCAAAUUGACCAAGCAAAUAUAGUUUCAGCAACCCAAAUCGCAAAUCAAUUGGCUAUAGCGGUUGUUAACCUAGCAGGAAUGCAGCUUGGUCUGGACACUGAAACAGAUGAUUCAUUUCCAUUGGAUGAUCUUCUCUCACUAGAACCUUUUGUGGGAAUGUUUAAGAAUCUUAAGAAAGAAAAGGUUCCUAAGAUUAAUGCUGCAGAUUCAGCAUUGGCCACUCUGAAAGGAAUCAAAGCUUUGACCGAAAUAUCAGCUGAAGACUCUCUUUGUCUACACAAAAUAACUGAUUUUGGAGUCCUCUGCUUGAUAAGGCGUUUGUUAUUAGAAGACGAUUAUGAACAACUAUCAGCAAUUGAAGCAUAUGAUGCAUCACGUGCCUCUGAGUCACCAGAAAACCAGUCAUCGGUUUCAGGUGAAGCCUCUGCAAAUGUUAAUCCUAGUGACACAUCAAGUGUUCGGGUACCCCCCACGGCUCAUAUUAGAAGGCAUGCUGCUAGGCUAUUAACCGUGCUUUCCGUCCUUCCAAAAGUAAAGAAAUCAGUAGUUGCUGAUAAAGCUCUGUGUAGAUGGCUUGAAGAAUGCGCUGAAGGAAAGAUUCCAGGUUGCAAUGACCUCAAAAUUCAAAGUUAUGCCAGGGCAACACUACUGAACAUAUCCUGUGAUGACCAAACUAUUGAAGAAUCUAUAGAUUGUGAUGCCUCUCAUGGAAGCACAAAUAAAACAAUAACUUGCCCUCAAUACGCUGAUAUGAUAUUUUUAAUUAAUCCUGGAAAGCCACACUGGAAGUGUAUGGAGAACGCAAUUCCAUCUCCAAUAGAUAUGUCCUCCGCAUCUAUUGAUGAUUCUGCAAGACCUGAGAAGGGAUCUAUGACCACAAAAUCCAAUGUUGAUAGCUCCUCAACCUCUGCAUCUGAAGCAUUGAGUUGCUCACGACCAGAGAGUCCUUUAUUCGAUGUGGUGUUUAUUCAUGGGCUACGCGGAGGUCCCUUUAAAACAUGGCGAUUGUCUGAGGACAAGUAUUCCACUAAGUCUGGCCUUGUAGAGAAAAUUGAUGAAGAGGCAGGGAUGCAAGGAACAUUCUGGCCUGGGGAAUGGCUUUCGACUGAUUUUCCUGGUGCUCGACUGUAUAGUCUCAAAUAUAAGACUAAUCUGACACAAUGGUCAGGAGCAAGCCUUCCUCUUCAGGAGGUAAGUUCUAUGCUGUUGGAGAAGCUUGUUGCGGCUGGCAUUGGAAAGCGUCCCGUUGUUUUUGUGACUCAUAGCAUGGGAGGCCUGGCUGUGAAGCAAAUGUUGCAUCAAGCAAAAGUAGAAAACAUGGAGGAACUGGUCAAUAAUGCAGUUGGUGUUGUAUUCUAUAGCUGUCCCCAUUUUGGCAGCAAACUUGCUGACAUGCCCUGGCGUAUGGGUUUUGUGUUUCGCCCUGCUCCUAGUAUAGGAGAGUUGAGAAGUGGAUCCCCGAGACUGGUGGAGCUUAAUGAUUUCCUCCGCCGCCUUCAUAAAAAAGGGAUGCUUGAGGUGCUUAGUUUCUGUGAGACGAAGGUCACCCCAAUUGUUGAAGGAUAUGGAGGUUGGGCAUUUCGAAUGGAAAUUGUACCACUGGAGUCCGCAUAUCCUGGAUUUGGUGAAUUGAUCGUAUUAGAGUCAACUGAUCAUAUAAAUUCAUGCAAGCCUCUGAAUCGUAGUGAUCCUUCUUAUAGAGAGACUUUAGAAUUCUUGCACAAACUGAAAGCGCGUUACAACAGGUGAAUACAGAAAGACAGAGAGGUGUACAUACAUAGUUUAGUGUUCAUAGCAUUUUUGUUUUGCCCUCUGGCUGCUGCUGGUGUGUUGUGUUUUACCAGGUUCCAUACACAAUCUUUAGUGUACAUCAAUAGGUAAUCCCCUCCUUCCCUCAUACUCGGGGCUUCACACGUAUUGAGGCAGCGGGAGGGGUGACUUCGUUGCCUGUUAGAGUUUUUCACGAGGGAGGGAGGGUUCUAUAAUAUUAAUCCCUGCUACUGUAUAUUUAGACAGAUCGGGUGGGGGUAUGCAUCGUACAGGUCCAUUGGAAUACUAACGUUUACAAUGUACAUUAGUGUAAAUGAAUUUGCUCUCUGUAAAAGGAGACAAUUAUUAGUAUUAUUCUUAUUUAUUAGUACUAAUACCAUUACCAUUACUCUUUUCACC